AAGCAAACCUAUAGAUAACAUUGAAUGCCUCAUAGCUUUUUUUAAUGGGGGUGGAAAUUAGGAGAUUGCGCAAGUGCGGGGGUGAUUGUUGGGGGGUGCGUGCGCCGUGGAAAUAUUCGUCUCAUCAUUAUUUCGGAGCUUCAGUGCUUUGACCUGUGGCAAGCAAGCACGAUCCCGAUAUCCUAGAGAACUCAGUGAUUCGGUGGAAACAUCCCAGAAUUUUCGAUGAUUGUUGUGAAUUAUCGAAUGGAAAAUUAGCAAAAAUAGAAGAUAAUAAAACAGUGGAUUUUGGUAAUUCGAGACAGCGGGUGGUGGAAAUAAUCGAAAUAAUUGGGUUGUUGGGGUAAAAUUCGAAUUGUUUAUAUUUGUAAAUUUUUUGAAACAGCGGAUAAUUAGAAAAAUAAUUAGAGAAAUAAUUGUGAAGUUGUGGGUGCGCGCAUACGGGGUCAAGGGCCACUCGAGGUUGAAGUGGACCUCUCAAAACCACCGGCUUCUGGGUGACGGUAAUAAAGAAGGAAAAUAGGAAGAAAAUAGGAAUAGGAGUUCACGGCCUCUUCAAUAUGCAAUGCUUGUUGCUCUUGACACAAGUUUUAGGGCUCUACUUCAAUUCCGGGGAUGCCGGACCUGCACAGGAGGUGAUUGUUGUUAAAAAAUGCGCUGUUAAUGGCACUGCGUAUUAUCAUGGACAAACGGUGUCAUCUAGGGAUCCAAACUGCCACUGCCUGUGCGUGGCUGGUGAUGUUUAUUGCUGGUGGGAAAACUACAAUGCGCGGAUUAUUUCGUCAGAUGAAUUGAGGAUUGUCCCGGAUGAAAAGGAGUUAAGUCACCCGGUGUUUGUCGAUCGAGUUGAGGUCAAGGGGAACGUAAAUUCAAGUGCCAAGGGAGAGAGUAGGAAUGACACCAUCUCGCGACGUGUCAGUUGUUUCGUCAUGGGAAAGGAAUACCAAGUAGGGGAAAUUCUUCCUCAUUCAACCGGAAAUUGUGUGGAGUGCAGCUGUGGUAGAGAAGGUCAUGUUGAAUGUUCACCUCGUGAUUGCAUUGCCUUGAGACCAGUAGACAUAUCAGUUGUUGCUCCUAAUUUCGAUCGCGAGACCCCCGAGAAUCAAAUCCAACUCUUCGGUAUAUCCCGAGAGCACGGGAUUGAUGAGAAUUUCUAAAAGAACAACUCGAAAAAAAUACGUGCAGAGAAAUUUCUUGGAAAAAUUUAGUAGCGAAGAUGUAACUAGAAGUUAAUUUUGACUGUUGGCCAGUUUUCCAGGAAAAUCUUGAAAUCUAAAGGGAAUAGCGAAAUUUUCGUAAUGACAUUUUUUGUAGAACUAAUCAAUGGCUAUAAAAAAGGUCAAGCGAAAAUAUUCGCUAUCUCUAUUAUUUUCGCUAAUAUUCCCGGGAGAAGUCACUGAUGAUUCUUUUGAAGAAUCCACUAGUUAAGAAAAAAUGCGUUUCUGAUGGCUUCUGGUAAAUUUCAUUGAGACAUUGACUAUUUAAACUCAUAUUUAGAUAUUUAUACAUGAGAUAAGAUGACAUAUUUUCGAAAUAUUAAAGGACUUUCUUGAAGCGAUUAAAUUUCCGCCAAAUUAGGCCUUUUGAUAUGACCUAAAAUCAAUAGUUUUGUGACAUAAAUCGAUAUUCAAUGGAAUUUUGUUUAUCUUGCAUUAACACUUCACUCCUGAAUUGUUUAAAUAAAAGAAUUUCUCUUGCCGUGGAAUUUUCUAACGAAUUUCUCUCCACGUAGAACCAACAAAAAACGGAUAACGGAAAGCCGUCGUAUUUCCUCCAGAAAAAAAAAACGUGCCUUAGUUCUUUUAUUUUCAUUAGACGGACGACUGGAUGUCGAUUAGAUCGACAUCGAUUUCGUCGCGGAAUUUUACCCCGCAUUCGGUUUUGGAAGGUUUGAAACUUUCAACCGAGAUCAGAGUAGAUCUGUUCGCAAUCAAAAUACACACUGAGAAAAAAAACUAAUUCUGCAAAAUACUCAUUCAGCCAUGACUCGAAAAUGUCCUCGAUUGAAUUUCCAAUGGUACAUUCAUUCAUUGAAAUUCAAGAACCAGGUGACAUGGAUUUUCAAUUUUUCUCUGAA